AUGGGUAAUAAAGUAGCAACAUUCACCGAAGAACAACUCGAAGAUUAUCAGGAUUGUACUUUUUUUACGCGCAAGGAAAUCUUGAGAAUAUUUAAAAAAUUCCGGGCGAUAGGAGAUUCUGGAAUGAUACCACGUAUUAUGACGCCGCAACAAGCAUCGUCUCUUCGUUUACCCCUGUCGUAUUUAGCUCGUAUUCCUGAACUAAAGGAAAAUCCAUUUAGAGAACGGAUCUCGGAAGUCUUUACACGACGCCAGGAUCCAGGACACUCGACGUCUAUCUCCGAAGGAAUCUGCUUCGAGGAAUUCCUCGAGAUGAUGUCUGUGUUCUCUGAGCAAGCACCGCGGGAUCUGAAAGUCUUUUACGCCUUUAAAAUUUACGAUUUCGACGAGGACGGGGUAUUGGGUAUGGGUGAUUUGGAACGCACCUGUCGGCAGCUGACUCGAGGUGGGCUAAGUGCCGAAGAGGUGACUACUGUGUGUCAAAAAGUUCUGGAAGAGAGCGACAUAGACAGCGAUGAAGCUCUAUCUUUCCUCGAAUUCGAGCACGUUGUAACUAGAGCCUCCGAUUUUAUGGCGACAUUUCACAUAAGAAUAUGAAGAAUGGAUACAUUAAUUACAUAUAGAAGAGAAAUUACAGAUAGAAAAUGAAUACGAUGUAGG